GGAAGAAGAGAGAAAAAGAAACGUGUGUGGGGAGAGGGUUGGUGGUGUAGUGCCAAGCAAAUUUGAAGAGUUUUUAAAAUCAUUGCUCACAAACUACUCCGAGCCUUCGCUUUCUUUUCUUUUGGAAAAAUUAGUAACUUUAAGGCCCGCACUCUGUUUUAGGUAGUUAUUUUGUGGGGUUGGCGACUGAACUAGAGUCUUUAGCAGAAGACUGGAGCCGCCAGCGGCUGCCUGGAACCGGCACCUUCCGAAUGCCAGCUCAGGGCAGGCGGCCCCCCACCCCCCGCGCUCCACCCGGGGCCACAGCCGCCCUGGUUUGCUGGGCGCUGGGGCUGAGGCCUAAAAGCUAUGCGUCCUGCCAAAGGAAAUGCCACCCACCCUAGCCUAGUCCUCUUUCCCGCCUCAGAACAUUUCUGCUUGCUCUUUUAGUUACUCCCUCAGCAAUGCUAAUGACCCGGGCCACAUUCUUCAGUCUCCCCCCCUGCCUCUGGUACUGACGUCUAUCAAGGGUGAAAUGAUGGAAACUAUAUUCAUGGGCAUGAUUUCCAUUAAAUAUCAAUUAACCUGGGAGCCUUGGCCAAGCAUGCAGUGCGUCAAGGGUAACUGUACAUCUCAUUUCCACGAGGCCCACUCGGCUGGAAAAGAGGGCUUUGAUAAGGCCAGGAUUCGGGGCCAUGCUUGUGGCUUUUAAUCAGGGCACUUAGGCCCAAAUUCAAAUGCACAGUCCAGUUUGUCAACACUACUUGUCCAUGUUCUACGGUCUGCACCCGUGUGUCUAGAGAUGCGAAAGCCACGACCAAUCCAUGCUUGGCUGCUCCAAGGGGCUCAGUGAGGGAGUCAUUUGCUCCGCAGCCUCCUGGGAGUGGCCUCCCUGCCUCCACCAAGUCUAAAGUUCUGCCGCGUCCCCGCCCCACCAGCUAUGGCUCGCAUUCCCUGGGCCCCUGGGCACCACGAGCCCUCGGCAGCGCAGGUUCAUCGGCCCCCUUUAAGACCGGCGGAGGCAUCUCCGGGCCGGCGUGAGGCGUCUCUGAGGAAGCAGCAGCUCGCAUCUGCGCGAUCCCUCCGCGUGGUUAUCGCGUCCAGAUAGCGCUGCGUCUCCUUGCGGCGGCGGGGUGCGAAAAUGCCUCGCCGGCGCGCACCGGGUCCGCAGCUUCGGCCGCGGGGGCGAGAGCAGUGGGAGGAGGCCGCGGGGGGGGACGAUGCGAGAGGUGGCAGCAAGCAGAGGGUGUUUUUUUUCUUUUCCCUCCAAAGCCGGGGUCUGUAAACCAAAGCCAAAGAGUGUCUCGGCGGGACGGGCGCACUUUUUGUCUUGUCCCGGUGCGCUCUGGGCCUCCUGGUGCCUGAGAGGAAACCGUGGAGGCAGCGGGGCAGGUCACCCGGGGCGUCGGCAAUUAUAUUGCGGCCGAGCCGGGGCGCGCCGGGAAAGGCCGGGAGGGCGGCGGCGCGCGGGGGCUGGGCGAGGCCCCGCGACCCGCGAGGGAGGCGGUGCGAGGCCCAGGCGGCGGGCACGAGAGUUGGGCAUGAGCACCCAGUAGCUGAGCGCCCGCGGCUGCCCGGCCUCAGAGGCGACAGGCGCGCGGGCAGGCAGCAACAGCAACUUGGGCAGGCGGCCCCCGGUGGCGCGAGCUGCCGCCCCAGAGGCCCCUGCGCCAGUGCGGCCGAGCGGAGGCGCGCUCCCUGCCUGCUCCGCGCCGUCUGCCUGCCCGGGGCCGCCGCCGUCGCCGCCGCCCCAAUGAGUUCGUACUUCGUGAACCCGCUGUACUCCAAGUACAAGGCGGCGGCCGCGGCGGCGGCUGCUGCGGCAGCGGGCGAGGCCAUCAAUCCCACUUACUACGACUGUCACUUCGCGCCCGAGGUUGGCGGCCGCCACGCCGCCGCCCUGCAGCUCUAUGGCAACAGCGCCGCCGGCUUCCCGCACGCGCCCCCGCAGGCGCACGCGCACCCGUCCCCGCCGCCCUCCGGGCCGGGGUGCGGCGGUGGGGGCAGCUCGGGCCCGGGCCUGGCCCAGGACUACUUCCACCCCGGCGGGGGCAGCCCGGCCGCUGCCUACCAGGCCGCCCCCCCUCCUCCUCCGCAUCCUCCGCCUCCGCCGCCUCCCCCCUGCGGCAGGAUUGCCUGUCACGGGGAGCCCGCGAAGUUUUACGGAUACGAUAACUUACAGAGACAGCCGAUUUUUACGACCCAGCAAGAGGCCGAGCUGGUACAAUAUCCUGACUGUAAAUCGUCCAGUGGUAAUAUUGGCGAAGACCCAGACCACUUAAAUCAGAGCUCGUCUCCUUCUCAAAUGUUUCCCUGGAUGAGACCACAAGCUCCUGGUAGAAGAAGAGGAAGACAAACCUACAGUCGUUUCCAAACCCUAGAGCUGGAAAAGGAAUUCCUUUUUAACCCUUAUCUGACAAGGAAAAGAAGAAUCGAGGUUUCCCACGCCCUCGCCCUCACCGAGAGGCAGGUAAAAAUCUGGUUCCAGAACAGGAGAAUGAAAUGGAAAAAAGAGAACAACAAGGACAAAUUUCCCGUUUCCCGGCAGGAUGUGAAGGAUGGAGAAACCAAAAAGGAAGCCCAAGACUUGGAGGAAGACAGAGCUGAAGGCCCGACAAAUUAAUUUCUACCUUUAAAGUUUUACCACAAACUAUUAAAACUAAUGAUCAACAUAUGCUGGUGGACACCACCUAUUUUCUUUGUUGGAAAGGACCCUCCCUGUUUCAAGCUACCUUCAUGUCACUGCUCUUGAGGUUUCCGUGCUUUAAGAGGGAUUUGGAUGUUAAAAAAAACAGUUCUACUAUGGCAUAGAAGCAGUCCUUGAACUGUCCUAUGAAAGGGUAAUUUGAUACUGACCUUGUAGCUAUAUUUUUAUAAUGGUUUAAAUGUCUGAACUGGUGAUUUGCCUCAACAACGUAAACUUCCUAAUGAGUAGCACUAAAUAAUUGAAUACAAAAUGCUUUAUUAAUCAAGUGCACUUGAAUAUUUUAAAUCUUUUCUUUGUGGUGAGUAAAUUAAAAGAAGUCUAUUAA